AUGCCCAACCACAGAUUUGAUGAAAGCUAUAAAUUCACAGAUCCAAUAAGUGCAACCAAAUCCAAGCACAAGAAAUAUGAAGAUAACUACACCAAGGUGGCACUGUUGAGAGCUCACGCAGGGGAACAUUUACUGCUUGGAGCUACAAAGAGAUCCAUGGUGUAUAAAGAUAUUUUGCUUUUGGGAAACAAUUACAUUAUUCACCACAACAGCUGUGAAGUUGAGAUUAGCCGUGUGGCCAACCGGGUUUUAGACGAGCUGGUCCGACCAUUUCAAGAAAUUCAGAUCGAUGACAAUGAAUAUGCUUGUUUGAAGGCAAUUGUAUUUUUUGAUCCAGACGCAAAAGGGCUAAGUGAUCCAGUAAAGAUUAAGAACAUGCGGUUCCAAGUGCAGCUGAGUUUGGAGGACUACAUCAACGACCGGCAGUACGACUCCCGGGGCAGGUUUGGGGAGCUGCUCUUGCUCCUGCCCAUGCUGCAGAGCGUCACUUGGCAAAUGAUUGAGCAAAUACAAUUCGUUAAACUUUUUGGGAUGGUUAAAAUCGACAACUUACUUCAGGAGAUGCUACUGGGUGGUGCUUCCAGUGAGGCUAACCAUCUCCAUCAUCCAAUGCACCCACAUUUAUCUCAAGAUCCAUUAACUGGACAAACUAUACUUUUGGAUCCAAUGUCAACACUGGUUCAUACAGAUCAGAUCUCAACUCCAGAAACCCCACUUCCUUCCCCACCUCAAGGCUCUGGACAAGAACCGUACAAAAUAGUUGCAAAUCAAGCUUCAGUCAUUUCACACCAGCCUCUCUCCAAACAGAAGCAAUUGUGAGAAUAUGUUUACUUCUGAACGGCACUGCAUAAAUGUGAAAAGUUGUUGGUCUUGAAAUAUCUCAGGAUAGCACUUUUGGCAAACUCUUAGCCAAGGCUUCUUCAUGGUGCUGUUAUAAGAUGGUAUCCUGUUUUCUUGUUUAUAUACUCAUUUUGU